GUCACUUGUAGAGUUCCAGUCCUCAGGUGUACUUGGCCACUUAGCUGUACUCACAAGUUUCAUAGAAGUGUCGUCGCAAACGGGCUCACAACCACAUCUACCGGUGACACAGCUAACCACAAGCAGCAAAAGUUCCUGAAAAGAAGAAAUCAAGGAAAGUUGCGUCACAGACGUGGGAAACGCGAUCCCUGGCUCCUUUGCGGGAAAACAUCUGCGAAUAUUUGCACGGAGAUAAGAGAAAGUUGUACAAAAGAAAGCAUGGCAGAGCGUGCUGUAAACAAACACCAGUGAAGAACAAAGGCCGCGGGAAAACACUGAUAUCUCUCGCAUUUCUCUUUAUCAUCGUGGGAAUGAUAACAGCACUUUGGAUGUCACAUUCUGUACCAAGCACGGCUUUAAUUAUUAAAAUGAUGCCUCAGACGAACUUAAUAUCGCUUUUGGGCUUAGAACAAAGUUCGGUUGGUGAAGAAUGCUGCUCAAGAAUGAAAUACUUAGUCGGUGAAUUGUUGCGAGCAGAGCAAGCACUUAAGAGUACUCUGCGAUUGCGAAGGACUUUGAUGUUGACAUCAAAGGCGAAUAAAAUGGAUAUCGACAUAGACCGAGGGCAUGUCCACGGAAUAAUUGUGUCCAAAGGCAAAUACACGAAGGAAUGGGGAGGAAAACUCGUGCUGUGGGGUGUGGUGCCACUAUGGAGGGCCGCGCCGCCGCCAGACACUAUCCUUGCGUUGCGGAGGCCAACCCCGUCGGAUUGCUGGCCUUUUAGUGGUUCAUACGGCGAGCUCAACCUAGACUUGCCACGGCAGCUUCGAAUACGGUGUCUAAGCGUGGAGCAUGUGCAGCCGGACACCGCUUUGAGCGCGCCCAAGAACUUCAUUCUUUACGGUAUCCUUACAAAUGGAACUUGGUUAAAAGCAGUGGAUGGGGAGUAUCGACGUAGAGGACCGGCCAAACAGUAUUAUCCAUUAUUGCAUCAAAAUAUUCCCUUUCAACAAUUUGUUUUCAGAGUUCUGAACAACCAAGGCAACCCACGUUACACCUGUAUUUACAGAGUACAUUUGUUUCAAAAUAUUGACAGCUCACAAUAUCUGUAUAAAUAG